AUGAAUAGUAGAGUUUGGGAAGUCAAAGUUCCUCAAUGUAAUUAUGAUGUGGGCGGCUAUUUUGCUCUAUCAAGAAGUUUGAGGGAAAACAUUAAAUUGGAAAGAAGAGCGCAAAAGUAUUUGAAGGAGCUGAAAGCUUUGCAAAUCAAACCCUUAGAAAUUAUAAGAUCCAAAAUCUCUGGUACAAUCAAUGGUGAAGAAUAUUUUUUAGAGGCGGUCCACCCCACAUCGCGGAAACAAAGGACAACUAUAACCGUUCACGAAACGUGGGACAUCGCAAAUCGCGAGCAAGAUAUCGAAGAGGUGCUAUUGUAUGAGUCACUUAGAGAAAAGUUGAAAAUCGAGAAACAGGACAUGAUAUUUUUUAAGUGGAUAAAAAAUCUUUCAGCCCAACUAUAUUUCCCGCUUCAACAGCCAGUAUCGAAGAACAAGCUGGCAGACAGUAAUAUGAAAUUGAGCUGGUUCAAUAUUCCCACUCUUAAAAGGAGUAGCUCACAGAAAAAUGCAUCGCCCCCAAACUUAAGAUAUAUGCCGUCUGCCUUGGAAGCACGAUACAACAAAUUGACGGAGGAAAAGCUGGACUUCUGCGUUAAAUUUUCUGAUGGAUCUCUAUCAGACUGGGACCCCAAAUUUUUCGAGCAGGCAUACGAUAAUUACCUUUUAAAACUUCUUCCGGCUAAAAGAUUCUUAAAAAAUAAUAACCAACGUUGCAAGCGCAGUUCUAAGGCUAGUCUGAAAAAUUGGGCUGUAACUACUCCAGAAUGUGACCAGGAACUUGACGUUUUUGAGAGAAGUUACGAUGAACUAUUUAAUACUCACUUCAAUAAACUAGAAUUUUUCAAAAUAAGAGUUAAAAAGGCGAAAAGGAAUAAGCCAAUUGGAAAGAGGACUCAAGGAAUAUGGUGUUUGGACAAAGAAGAUCUAAAGAUUUUGGUGUGGAAUCCUCUGAAAAAAAUUUGCAAUCACACUUGGGAUACAAUAUUUAGAAAUGAGACCAUAAAUGAAGAGGUCUAUUCAAUUAAAAGAAUGAGGCUAAAAUUUCAAAAACUAGAUUCUAGUUCCCUUGAACUCAUUGAUAAUCAAAGGAAAACGUUUGGCACUAUAAAGCUUGCAAUGGGUUCACCAAAUGAAAAGGCAGUUGAAAACACGACAUUUGAAGAAAGCGAAAGAAAUGAUACAACAGCUGACGGCAUCGGCAAAUUAGACCCGAAUAAUUCUAUUUUAUCCUCCAAAGUGGAUAUCAAUACUUCGUUAGCACCUCAAAAGAGAUCUUUCAUCGACAACGAGCUGAUGUCCAUAUUAGCCACUAAAAAAAAGUUCAAGAAGCACAGAGAAGGCAGUGGAAAUGCCACAAAUAUUUCUUCUACUUCAUAUUUAAUAAAUUCUGGGACAUAUGCAAACCCUCAAGGCGAAACCUCAGUUACGAAUUCUGUUUACGACGACAACAGAGAUUUUUCAUUUAAUAGUUCAUCAAUAAGGCAUUCAAUAUUAGAAGAUGGUAUAGAAAAUAAAUGCAUAGCUGUGAAUGCAAAUAAAAUGACUGAAAACCAGAAGGUGAUUCAGUCAUUAUGUAAAAAUUCUCAGCUGAAUCUUAUCGAACAACCUUAUAUUGGCGAGUGUGACUUCAUUAUAAACCAUUCAACAUGUUUAUAUAAAAUUCAAAUUAAUCAAUUUCUCCAGCUCAGGGAAAAUGGGCCAUUGUAUUAUGAUAAAGCAAUCAACGAUCUAUUAACUGAAUUUCAUAAAGUCAUUAUACUUGUUGAAUUUUCUGAAAUACUACAAGAUGUUGAUCCAGAUCUCUUCUGGAAGGUCAGAUUCUACUUGUUGCAUCCACAUAUAGAAGUUUUUUUCAUUCAUAAGGACGCAAACCUAUUUAUUGAUUGGAUGAAGUACUUCAUUACAAAGUGGGCGCUUCCAUAUGAUGGUGAGAAAGUAGAAAACAUGGCAUGUAUUGAUGUUCUUCUGGAUUUAGGCUUCAAUAUCCUUUUAGUACGAAGAAUUUUCCAAACAUACAAUUUGCAGGAGUUUUUCAUAGCUAUAAUACAGGAAGAAAGCCAAGCUGUUGAGUUGCUAACUAUUUCACAGAUGACUAGACUAAAAAAGUUGCUGACUUUAGAAUGGUGA